AUGGUUGAAACCCGCCGUACGUCGCGACGUCUUCAGGCCAAAGCAGCGGCCGCUGACGCGAAUUCUUCUCCAUUACCGAUGAAAUCUCCAUCAGCUAAUGCUAACAAUGACUGUAAAUUACGUCGAACACCAUCACCAUGGAAGAAAAAGAAGAUGAAAGAGGAAGAAGAAGACAAGAAGAGGAAGGAGAAGGACGUAGAGGAUGCAAUAUAUGAUCGAAAGAAUGAAGAGACGUCAAAUCAAGAGGCAGAUACUGCUAUGAGUGAAGAUGAAGACGAGACUGUGGACCGAUAUGCUUUACUUGCUGCGUCGGGGCUUAAUUUGCCGAUGAAACAAAAUGAAUCUUCUUCAUCAGUUUCUUCUUUGCUAUCGAUUAAGACUUCUAUCUCUGCCAGGUUGUCGAUGACUGUACCUUUGAAGCGGCGGCUAGUACCGAAUCAGCUCGACAGUGGUGCGUCGAAGUACCAGGAAUUCUUUAAUUUUGAUGGUACGAGACGAUCCACGGCGGCCGCACUGCGUACUGAUGCCAGGGCGUUGGAGGAGGCAAAGCUGAUUGCAGCCGGCCAAAAGGCCGUUGCUCACUCGGAGCGACAACGUGCUGAGUCUCUUCACAAAAAGUCGGCAGGACGUCGCUGGUUUAAUUUUGAAUCGGAGGAGAUGACGGCUGACGCACGUCGCGAUUUCGCUUUACUGCGGAUGCGAAAUUACUUGGACCCAAAGAAAUUUUACAAGAGUUCGGAUCACUCGCGUGCACUCCCGAAACAUUUUCAGAUGGGUGUUGUCAUUGAAGGCGCGCAUGAGUUCCACUCGGCUCGCCUCACAAAGAAACAGCGCCGCAAAACCUUUACGGACGAGAUUAUGGCAGACGAAGCUGUAAUGCAGUACACUCAUCGCGUGGCCGGCAAUAUUCAGGCAGCGCGCAGUAACCGAGACCGUAAAAGAAGAGACGUCACGAAUAGAUAG